AUGUAUGCGCUGUCGACAAAGGUUGAAGUUCUAGUUUCAGUCACUCUGACGUCCAUAGAUACCGUAAAUAGAAGACAAGUAAGCAAAAAGGAAUUGGAGAGGAAGGAAGACACGAUGGCCUGCAGCAUCUUCAACAAGCUGCGUUUAGAGAAGAAGCUGUGUGACAUUCUUCUGAAAGUCGCAGAUGCUGAGUUCCACGCACACAAGAUUAUCCUGUGUGGCUCCAGCUCAUACUUCAGGGAUCUUCUCACCCACGGCUUGUAUCCUCCAAACAAAUUUGAGUACACUAUCACUGGCAUCUCCCCAGAGAUAAUGGAGUUGAUCAUGGAAUACAUUUACAUACAACAAGUUAAAAUCACAGAAAAAAAUGUGCAUGAGCUGCUUACCACUGCUGAUUUUCUGGUGAUGGACAGACUAGUGAACGAGUGCUCCAUGUUCCUGAAGGGUCAGCUCUGCCCCAAGAACUGCAUAGGUAUUUGGCGCUUUGCUUGCUUUAACUUCUGCAUGCAGCUGCAGCAGCAGGCCUUGCAGUAUAUCCUGUACAACUUCGAGAAUGUGGUGAGUGUCCGUGAGGAUUUCCUGGACCUCACGGUUGAGGAGCUUUGUGACAUCAUAGAGAAAAAUGAACUAAAUGUGAAAAAUGAGAAGGUGGUGUUCGAGGCCAUUAUGCUGUGGAUUGAACAUGCCCCCCUGGAGCGAAAAAAACAUAUCGGGCUCUUAUUGCACAGGGUGCGUUUGGGGCUACUGACACACGACUACAUUAUGCAUAACGUUAGGAACAAUGAUUUAGUGGCAUGUGACAAAGCAUGUAGACGGAUCAUCGACAGUGUUCUGCUGAACACCUAUGGCCUCAACCAAAACAAUUUCCUCAGCUCUUAUCUUGCUCGGCCCCGCCUGCCCAGAGCUGUUUUGCUGGCCAUCGGGGGCUGGAACUUUGAUGGUCCAACCAACACCAUAGAGCUGUAUGAUCCACAAGCAGAGCUCUGGGUUGAUGUGUUGUGCAGUGGUGAGAGUCCACGAGCCUAUCAUGGGACGGUUUACCUCAAUGGCUUCCUGUUCUGCAUCGGAGGGUACGACAAAGUGAAUUACUUCAACAGCGUGACUAGAUUCAAUCCAAUCACCAGGACAUGGACUGAGGCAGGCCCCAUGCACUCUCAGCGGGGUCACGUGAGUGUGUGUGUGCUGAACGGCUGUAUCUAUGCAAUGGGAGGAUUCAAUGGCACCGAAUGGCUUAACACAGUCGAGCGAUACCUUCCUAAGGACAAUCAGUGGAGUAUGAUAGCCCCAAUGCACCAAAACAGGAGCAAUGCAAGUGCUACAGUACUAAACGGCAAAGUGUUUAUAUGUGGAGGGUUUGACGGGAAUGAGUGUUUGUCCACGGUGGAGUAUUACAAUCCUCAGACUGACAAGUGGACUCUUCUUCCCCGCAUGACCAGCAGAAGGAGUGGACUUGGCGUGGUCGCGUACAAUGGACAGAUUUAUGCUGUUGGGGGAUACAGUGGAAUCGAUAGAAUGAAUCGUCUAAGAAGUGCAGAGGCAUAUAAUCCUCAGACCGAUUCAUGGGAAAGUGUCCCAGACAUGAUCAACCGGCGCAGCCACUUUGGCAUUGAGGUGCUGGACAAUUUCCUGUUUGUUGUUGGGGGAUAUGACAGGUUUACAGCUGCCAAAAAUGUGGAGUAUUACGAUGGGGAAACCAAUAAAUGGUACCAAGUGAAAGACAUGGGUGAGUACCGCUACGCUCUGGGCUGCUGUGUGCUGUCUGAUUUACCCAACAUGGCUGAGUAUGCCGCACCCUACUGGAUUCCAACUGUUGCUAAACAUCGAAGAAGAAAAAAAAGAAAUAGAAGGAGAACAAGAACAAGAAGAUUCGGCAGCAGCACUUACAAACAUUAG